AUGCAGCUUCUGGACAAGUUCCCUAUUGAAGGAGGCCAGAAAGACCCCAAGCAAAGAAUCAUCCCUUUUCUACCAGGUAAGAUCCUGUUCCGGAGGAGCCAUGUCCGAGACGUAGCUGUGAAGAGGCUGAAGCCCAUCGACGAGUACUGCAGGGCACUAGUUCGGCUUCCUCCUCACAUUUCACAGUGUGAUGAAGUCUUCAGGUUCUUCGAGGCUCGCCCAGAAGACCUUAACCCUCCAAAAGAGGACUAUGGAUCGUCAAAGAGAAAAUCAGGUGCUGAUGCUAGCUCUGAACCCAUGAUCCUGGAGCAAUAUGUGGUGGUAUCCAACUAUGAGAAGCAGGAGAACUCUGAGAUCAGCCUCCAGGCUGGAGAGGUUGUGGAUGUCAUAGAGAAAAACGAAAGCG